AUGACCUUCUCCUUCAACGACAUACCGGACCUCACUGGUCAAGUCGCCAUUGUCACUGGCGCCAACUCGGGCAUCGGCCUCGUCACUGCACGCCAGCUCGCGCUCCACAACUGCCACGUCAUCCUCGCCUGCCGGUCCGCUGAGCGCGCAGGUCCCGUCGUCGACGCUUUGGCUGCCGAGGUCAGUGCGACAACUGGCAAGGUUGAGUUUAUGGCCCUCGACAUGAUGAGCUUGACGUCCAUUCGCGCCUUUGUCGCUGCGUUCAUCGCCAAGCAGCUGCCUUUGCACAUUCUUGUCAACAACGCUGGCAUCAUGGCUGUGCCAUUUCGUCUCUCGGUCGACGGCAUCGAGUCGCAGUUUGCGACCAACCACGUGGGC